AGGUUCUUUGCAUAAAGAAUAACAAUUUCAAAUAACAAGUUUUCUAAGAAAAAUAUUAAACUUAUUUAAUAAUUAAUUUUUAAUUUUUUUAUUAUUAGACAAAUUAAAUACUUGCAGUUAUUAUAUGAUCAAAAAUGCUGUCUUAUAUAAUUAAAACUAGAACAUGGUUGUGUGUACUAGUUGCCUGCAAAAUUACAUCAGCACUUAAUAAUGGAUUAGCUUUAACACCACCAAUGGGUUGGCUUGCUUGGCAACGAUUUAGGUGUACUAUUGAUUGUGAAACUUUUCCAGACGAAUGUGUUAGUGAACAAUUGUUUAUGACUACUGCUGAUUUAUUAGUAAGUGAAGGCUAUGAUAAAGUUGGAUACAAAUAUGUUGUAAUUGAUGAUUGUUGGAUGACGCACAAUCGAACAGCAGAUGGAAAAUUACAAGCUGAUGAAAAACGAUUUCCACGUGGAAUUAAAGCAUUAGCUGAUUAUGUCCACUCAAAAGGAUUAAAAUUUGGAAUUUAUGAAAGUGUUGGAACAAAAUCUUGUGAAGGAUAUGCUGGUAUAAAAGGUUACGAAAAAAUUGAUGCUCAGACAUUUGCGGAAUGGGGAGUAGAUUAUGUGAAAUUAGAUGGAUGCUACACAGAUGAACGAAACAUGGACAUAAAUUUUCCACAGUUUGGAAAAUAUUUAAAUGAAACCGGAAGACCAAUGAUUUACUCUUGUUGUUGGCCAUUUUAUCAAGAAGGUAAAGGAAUGCAGGUGAACUAUACACUUGUAUCUCAAUCAUGUAAUUUAUGGAGAAACUAUGGGGAUAUACAAGAAUCGUAUGCUUCUUUAUUUGAUGUGCUUGAUAACUUUGCGAUAAAACAAGAUAUUUGGGCACAAUAUGCAGGUCCAGGACAUUGGAACGACCCAGACAUGUUAUUGAUUGGAAAUUUUGCAUUGAGUCAUGAACAAAGCCAAACACAAAUGGCUCUAUGGGCUAUUUUAGCUGCACCUUUAUUUAUGUCAAACAAAUUAUCUACUGUCCAACCAAACUUCAAGAAAAUAUUACAAAAUACAGAAGUAAUUGGUAUAAAUCAAGAUAAACUUGGCAUACAAGGCAAAAGAAUCUAUAAGGACCAAGGAAUUGAGAUAUGGUCAAAACCAAUUGAACCAAAAAAUAAACAAUACUAUUCAUAUGCAAUUGCUUUUGUUAAUCGUCGAACAAUAGGAACACCAUUUCCAUACAAUAUUACAUUAAAUCAUUUAGGAUUAUAUAACCCAAUCGGAUACAAAAUAAAGAAUUUAUUUGACGGUAUUACUACAAAAGAAAUAUUAAAACCAGAUUCACUGCUUAAAGUUAUAAUUAACCCAUCAGGUGUGGUCUUGUUAAGAGCUAAUAUUAUUUUAAAAUAUGAGUACAUACAUGGUUGAUAUAUUUGAUGACUUCUUCAUAACAGAUGUAUGAAUACCUGUACUGGAACAGUGUACAUCAUAGAUAUAAGUUAAGAUUGGUAGUAAAAUAAUAAAUGAUAUUGAUAAAUAUAAAUAUUACCUACUAGUAAGUAAUUAAAAAAUCUACAAAUUGGAAAUAAUGAAUAAAUAUAUUUGAACAAAAAAA